AUGCGACUUUGCUCGAGCCAGCCGUCGCAGCGGAGCGCAGUCUCUCACAUUUUGAGACAGGUGAACCGCGGCAGACCAGCCGGCCCCCAAAUCGUUGUUAGUAGUCGAUAUCUGUCCAGACAAGGUCUAACACAAAUAAUCGAAGAAUCCCUUUCGAUCGAUCAGUGGAAGAGAUUAUUUAUUCUUUUGAGCAGUCGUCUCGUCUGAUUGAUUAAUUAUAGACUGCCACCAUGUCCGCUCCAUACCGGCCUCCUCAGUACGGCGAAGAGGCUGGGGAAGAGUAUCGACGGUCAGCUCAAGGACCGCCAUACCGGGCUGCCGGUCCUCCUCCUCCCCCGCCUCCUGGCGUGCCUGGAAGACCACGCCAAGUCGAACAACACCCUGGAGGUUACCCUAUGGGGCCUAUGGACGGAGCGAUGGCAGGAGCUGCUCCCUAUUAUCGUCAACCGCAUCCCUCGGCCUAUGGCAGACCUCCAUACAUGGGCGGCCAAGGGGGAUAUGGGGGAGUUCAUUCCCCAAAUGAUUUUGCGAGCAUGUAUGGCCGCCGUGCUGCUGGCCAAAUGUACGGAUACCCUCCACCUCAAGGAUCUGGCACCAGUCCGGGGGAUGUCCAGAGGGGUUAUGGACAUCCUCCGCCCUAUGGAAUGCCGCACGCUUCGGCUGAGGCGUACGCUCAGUAUUACGGAAGACAUGAUAUGUAUGCUCAAAGACCUCAUGAUGGAAUGGUCCCUCAUCAUCAUAAUCCGUAUGGGCCUCAGUCUUCUCCAAACCAACCAUCACCCAACAAACCAUCGCCCAAUUCAAGGGGCACUCCUCCUGGCAUGCCUGGAUCGGCUGGAUCCAAAGGCCACAGUGGUGAAGACGACGAAGAUCGAAAUGAAAAUGGAUCACAUUCUGGAUCGGGAAGUGACAACGAGGACGAAGACGACGAAAAUGAAGAAAAUCAAGCGGACGGCCAGAAAUGGUUCCAUGGUUCUGUCCCUCUUGGGUUGGAAGACGACAAAUAUUGGUUAUCUGAACUUCAGGUAUAUCUGCGAUCCAAUUUUGCCGAGUCCUUUGGAGCAACCGAAGAGGAUAUUGCAGCUCCGAUGCACGGCCGAAAUAAACCCAUUGCUUUUGGCCAAGUUGGUAUUCGAUGCAUGCAUUGCAAGCACGACAAUCCUGCCGAACGUGGACAGCAAGCCACUUCGUAUCCCAGUUUAAUCAGUGGCAUUUACAAUUCCGUGCAGCAAAUGCUUCGGCUCCACCUUGAUUGUUGCUUGUCGAUGCCACCCGAUGUGAGGCAGAAAAUCGAGCAGCUCAAGUUAUCCAGUUCCAGCAGGGGUGGAAGGAAGCAGUACUGGAUUGACUCGGCCAAACGCUUGGGGCUCGUAGACACCCCUCAUGGAAUCCAUUUUGGACGGGACCCAACUGGUCCUUUGCCUCCACUUACGGGGCCUUCCGUCAAUAGCAAGGAAGGGCGAAAGAAGAAGCAAGAACAGGAGAAAACGGAUAAUGGAGAGGAAAUUGAACCCGUGGAGCAGCCAAUCCCAGAGGUGGACCCUCGUCCUCUCGUGUUUGAAGAGGAUCAACCGCUCAUUUCGGAUUUCCUUUACUUGACACUCGAACAAAUGAGCCCAUGCAAGCUUAUGGAAGCUGAUCGAGUUGGCUGUUACAAAACACGCAAAGUCGGAUUUCCUGGAUUGGCAUGUCGCCACUGUGUUGGUCAGGCUGGCUGUGGCAGAUACUUUCCAGCAUCGGAGGCAUCCCUCUCGCAAACAACGACAUCUCAAACCAUCAUGAAUCAUGUGAGGAACUGUCGUCGUUGUCCUGUGGAUAUCCGAGAGAAUUUGGAGAUCAUGAAACGAGCCCGAAUGGGCCCCGACGGAAAACGAGCCGACAAACCCAAACACGGAGGGCGGAAGGUGUUUUUUCAUCGCCUAUGGUGCAGAAUUCAAGGCCUUCCCAUUGAGGAAAAGGGCGAACCUAUGAAGGAGCCCCCUGCGGCGAAAAAGAAGAAACCCCAACCUGCCAAGAGAGCCAAGAAGAAGACGGAUUCUGACGAGUCGGAAGGAAGCGGAGAGGAGACCGAAGAAGAGGAAGGCUCCGAUCCGGGCGAGGAGAAGCAAGGAUCUCCACCAGCAAAGUCCUCUCCAAGAGGCUCUGUGGUGUCACCAAAGAAGCCAGCCAAGAUUCCUUGGUUCGAGGGCUGUGUGCGUCUCACAAAAUCUGACGACCCCAAGUGGGUCUCCGAGAUGGAAUGCUUUGCUAGAAGCGAUCUCGUAGAGGUCUUUAGCCUCAGGAAGGAGGACAGCCUGGAGGGGUACAAUGGGAAGAAAGAGCCGAGCCUUGGACAGGUUGGGGUUCGCUGUGUCUUUUGUAAGGAUUUGGACCCAGACGAGCAACCACUGGGAUGCGUCCAGUUUCCGGACUCUUCGGCAAACUUGCACAACGUAGUUGGAGAUAUGAUCCGGUUUCACUUUCCGUCUUGCCCUCGCCUUCCAGACGACAAGAAAGAAAAGUUUCGUUCCUUGAAAGGAUUCGACGCCAAAACUGCUGGCGAUGACGCACAACAGUAUUGGAUCGAUUCGGCACGUGAUAUUGGACUCUGCGACCUGCCACAGGAAGGCCCCUACGCAGGAUGGGGGAUUGCAUUCCGUCGCGAUCCAUUGGAGCCAAGCCCUGCGGAUGACCUUGACAGGGAGAUGGAAGGUGAAGCCGUUGAAGUUGGUAAAUCGGCUCUUGUGAAGGCAGAUGAAGACAAGGGCACUUGUACCGACCAAGUGAUGCUUUUGCUCCGGAAUGUAAAACCUUGCCGUUUUGACAAGAGCGAUCGCCGUGGCGGCCCAGGUGCUCGUGGUCGAGAUCGAGUUGCAGGUUUCCCCGGCUUGAGCUGCAAACAUUGCAAGAAUGGGCGAUACUUUCCAGUGUCGGCAAAGAAUCUGACAGACAGCACUGCCAAUUCGCUCGUGGGUCAUGUGGCUGGCUGUGCCAAAUGCCCAGAACCCAUCAAAGCUUCUCUGGCCUAUCUUACCCAUCGCAGUGUGCUCCAGAAAGCAGAACUUGGUGGGUCAUGGAAGAAAACUUUUUUCAAGAAGGUCUGGGAUCGUUUGCACUCAGAGCGAGCUUGGGAAGGUGAAGAAGAGGAGGUUGAUGGAAAGGAGGGCGAUGAGGCUGGUUCUGUGGAUGGUUCAAACGGAAAUGACGGGGGCGGCGAUGAUGGUGAUCCAGCUGCCGGUAAUGGAGGUGGAGACAGUGAGACCGAAGACGAAGAGUUGGGCGAAGGUAUGGAAAACCUUAUUGCUGCAGCCGCCAUCUGGCUCACAGAACAAGAGACCACCGAUGGAGGCUCUCGCGGUCGGUCAUCGAGUCGACGAGGACUACCCAAUGCCAAGCGCCCCGCAAGUUCUCCAAAAGGCGGAGGGGGCGGCGGAAGCGCGUCCAAGCGGAGACGAACUUCAUAAAUCCAUGGAGCUUCUCCAAGCUUAUGGUCGGGGGCCAGUACCGGUAGGGUCAAACAUGACGUGCACGUCAAGAAUCGGAAUACGAGCUGCUUAUAGGUAUGACAGCAGUUUUUACUACAUAAACUUCUAUAUCAGAGUUUCUUUUUAUUGU